UGUAUCGACGCGGACCUGCUCGGCGAUCACAGAUGCGACAGUGGCACCUCUAGCGUCGUCUCCGCUACCUUGGUUCAGCUCGGAGGCUGACGAGCGGGGCCCGGGCGGCGCGCCGAGGUGCGCGUGUUUCUCUCUCGUGGGCCUACCUGUUGCUGGGGCGCGCGCGGCGCCCGUUUGCCCCCGCGCGCGCGCGUGACGCAUUCCGCGGGCGCGCGGACAGAAACCGACGGUGGGGAAGAGGAUGCGGGUCGCCUUAGAUAUGGAUUACAAGGUUGUGUUUGCAGCCUUGGAGACAGUGUGUGAAGACAACAUUUCCGUUUUGUGUGGGCCUUCUGAUUUGCUGUACGGCACUGUUCCUAAGCGCCUGAUCACGUGUAUGAGAAGGAUCCAGCAGCACGGCCGAGCCCUGGAGCCUGUGGUUGCCAGCUUUACAGCCGUCUACCACCACUAUGACUUUGAUGCACAAACGCCAGGGAAUGGCUACCGCACCCUGGUCAAGGUCUUGCACUCCUGCCUUUUGCACAUCAUUCACAAGGGCCGUUACAUUGCCUCUAAUUACAACAGUACCUUCUUCAGGGCAGACCACAAUACAUCUGAGAUGGAGGCGUACUGCAGCGCCCUGUGCCAGCUGCGUGCCCUGCUCCACCUCGCCCAGCAGCUGAUGAAUGACAACGCCGCCGGCCAGCUGUACUCCCUUCAGGACGGGGACCUGAGCCGCAGGUUUGUGCAGGAGUACAGCUCCAUGCACAAAGCAUGUUUCUACGGCCGUUGUCUGGGCUUUCAGUUUUCUCCUACCCUACGUCCGUUCCUCCAGACCAUUGUCAUAAGCAUGGUUUCAUACGGAGAGACUUAUGGUAAAAAGCAGUCUGGGUUGGGUAUGGCAGCUCUUUCUCUCCUCACAUCGGGGAAGUACGUCCUUGAUCCAGAGCUGCGGGGCACUGAGUUUGAACGCAUUACCCAGAACCUGGAUCUGCAGUUCUGGAAGUCUUUCUGGAACCUCACAGAGUCCGGCCUUAUAACAGGCUUCAACAGAAUAGCCUCUAACCCAGUGCAGGUGAACUUCACCCUGACUGUGCCUCCUGUCACUCUACGCCUUCCCUUGGCCGCAGACCCCAGUCUAACAGCCACUGUGUCACCUCCAAUAGCCCACUGGGGGCCCGGGCCAGUCCACAUGCGUCUGAUCUCCUAUGAGCUUCGAGAAGGACAGGACAGUGAAGAACUGCUGGCUUUUUCCCGAACUGACCCUCCUCCCAUCUCCGCGUCUCACCUCCCCUGGGUACAGAAGCAGCCUCGUUCCCCCUGGCUGCUUAUCCACGUCCAUGGAGGGGGUUUUGUAGCCCAGACAUCCAGAUCCCAUGAGAAUUAUCUUCGGAGCUGGUCGAAGGAGCUGAACGUCCCUAUCCUGUCUGUCGACUACUCUUUGUCACCUGAAGCGCCCUUUCCCAGAGCCCUGGAGGAAUGUUUCUACGCCUACUGCUGGGCACUGAAUAACUGUCAUCUGCUGGGCUCCACAGCAGAGCGUGUUUGUCUGGCGGGGGACAGUGCUGGAGGAAACCUCUGCAUCACCGUGUCCAUGAAGGCCAUAUCCAGCGGCAUCCGAGUCCCUGACGGCAUCAUGGCUGCCUACCCCGCUACCUUGCUCACCACUGAUGCCUCGCCCUCCCGCCUGCUCACACUCAUUGACCCGCUGUUGCCUCUAGGUGUGCUUGCAAAGUGCCUCAAUGCCUAUGCAGGUACAGAGUACCACACGGUGCAGCCUGCAGUGGGAAGCAGCAGUCUGAGCGCUCUCGGCAGAGACACGGCCAUGCUGCUCAGUGAUCUCACCCAGGGGGCCUCCAACUGGAUCCAGUCCUUUCUGGACCCCAUGCUGAAUUCCGGUAGAGCACACGCCCUGACGUCAUCGCCGAGGUGGUCCCAGAGCAGUGAAACCCGCAGGACAUCAACUCACACCUCCACACCACACUCUGGAGAUCACAUGGAUUACCCACAUGGCUUUGAGCCCCUGCGCUCCGAGUGCCUGGCUUUUGUUCGCCCGACCUCCUGUCCCAUUAUGAGGAACCCCUUUGUGUCGCCUCUGCUGGCUCCAGACAACCUGCUGAGAGGCCUGCCGCCUGUACACAUAGUGGCCUCUGCUCUGGAUGCCUUGCUGGACGACUCGGUGAUGUUUGCCAAGAAACUGCGAGACAUGGGCCAGCCAGUGAAUCUGACGGUGGUGGAGGACCUCCCUCACGGCUUCCUCAGCCUGUCACAACUCGCCAAGGAGACGGAGGUCGCUGCAGAAAUCUGUGUGGCACGAAUGAGGGAGAUUUUUGAGCAAGAACGCGUCACACCUGCCCUUCGCAAACGGCCAAAGCUGGAAGAAACUUAGAACCAGAGUACCAAUCCAUCAGGCUGAUUUAUCUGUCAUUCUUGGGACUUUGCUAUUUUUGGAUGAAAACGAGAGCUGACAUGAUGUGGUGAGAAUCAUGCAAUAAGUUUAACUAAAGGAAACAAGUCAGGGAGAAUUGUGAGGGUACAACAAAAACUGUAAAAGUGGAGGAAGCUUAGGCGCACUGCACUUGAAACCUGCUGUGUACUGCGCAACAUUUUCUGUAGGCAACAAGGUUCAAGAGAGCUAUGAAAAAACUUCAACUUUCUGCUACCAGCACUAAUGAUACUAUAUUCGCAUUUUUCUACUAAGAUUUACAUGUGGAAGAUGCGGAUCAAACGCACAUUGAAAAUAUUACUGACUGACAGAAACUAAACACAAAGAAAUCACCGUAACCAGCCCCGGCAGUGGUUUAUAAAACUGAUGUUUGUCAGUAACGGGAGCUGUUGUGCCUUGAAUUUAAUGUGUUGCUGUAUUUUGCAGACUCGUCUUGUAUGAAGAAAAGCUUUGCCUACGUCAAGCUGAACGGGAUUAAAGGUUUACUUGUACAGGAAACAAAUUUCAGAUGCACUGUAUUAUUAUUAUUUUUAUUAUUAUUAUAUAAUUUAAAUUAAAUUUAUAACCUGAUUUUGCCAGUUUGUCACAUGUUUACAACAUAUUGAUAAGGAGGCCUUCAACUUGUAUUUACCAGCAGUAUGUGGAUGUAGAUAUGAAAGUAACUUGUUAUACUGUAAAUUCAUUCUUGAUAUUUCUUAUUAUUAAUAUUUAACACUAUGUUGUUAUACUUAGAGCCUGUAUUAAAUCAAAACUGCAAGGAU